AUGAUCCCGCGCCGGCUGCUACGGUUCCGGCGCCGCCGAUGCCUGCUGAUGCUGAUGGCGGUGCUCGGCGUGCUGCUCCUCGGCUUCAAGGUUUACCUGCGGGCUUCGCGGUCCGCUUCACACCCGGGAAGUUCGGGUUCAAGCGGUGGUCGUCGGGAACGGCCAGUUCCAGUGGACCACCGGAUUCGAACCUCGGGAUGCACGAUGCCGCAGUUCGACCCGUUCGACCCGUCCGUCAAGCCCUACUUCCACCACCAUCUUGAGGGCGGCGGCAGUUGCUGCCAAGGAAAGCCAAACUUCCUAACGAUCAGGAAUGGUUUCGCAGUCAUACUUGAGGACAAGCUCGGGGAACACGGUGUGCGUCCUGAGGACCUGCUGUGCUUCUACAAGGAAAUCCACCGAAAUCAGUCUGCAGCCAGCCCCGAAAAUGUUAUCGCGUACGGAGACCGACAGCCACUGCUGCUCAACCAGCCGUUGAAAGAGGAGUUUGUCUCUGUCGAAUGCGCCACGAGACAAUCUCCACACCAGACCUUUCACAACCAAUACUUGCUCAACGUGGUUGUCAAGAGGGAUGUCGAGGAGCGCUGCCUAAAAUCAAACCGCACGACGCUGCACAAUCUGAGCGUCCUGAUGCUCGGCUUGGACUCGGUUUCGUAUCUUAACCUGGACAGACAUAUGCCCAAAACGGCGCAAUUUUUGCGCGAGAGGCUCGGUGCUUUCGAACUGCGCGGAUACAAUAAGAUUGGUGACAACUCGUACCCGAACCAGCAUGCCCUCAUUACUGGCCUGAAGUUUGCCGAGACAUGGCGGUACGCGCUGGAAGGAAUUUACGACAGCCUUACUUGGCGCUUUAUCUGGCAGCAAUAUGGCGAACGGUGCUACCGAACAAUGUUCCUCGAGGACUGGCCUCUUUACGGCAUCUUUUAUCGCUUCGCUAAUGGAUUCCGGCGCCCUCCGGCCGAUUACUAUCCGCGACACGUCAUCAUGGCCAUGGAGAAAUCGUCCAAGUGGAUUACGAAAGACACGUGGCAGCCCCGGUGCUUGGGACCCACGAGGACGUUCGAGGAAAUGCUGGACUACAUUGCUCGCUUCACAGACGCGAUGGGCGAGAGGCAUUUCUUCGCCUACGUAUGGAUAAACGAAAUAACGCACAAUUAUCUGAAUGCCGCCGGGUACGCCGACGAGCCGUUUCAGCUUCAUCUCCAAGCUCUGCAAACUUCCGGCGUGCUCGACCACACGGUCCUGGUCUUCCUCAGUGACCAUGGUUUGCGAUUCGGUGACUACCGUUCCACAUACAUCGGCAAGUUCGAGGACCGCCAACCCUUCGCCUUCGUAGUCUUUCCCCCGUGGUUCCUCGAGCAGAAUCCAGAAGCUGCAAGAAGCCUUCGUGUCAACCAGUUUCGCCUGACCACUCCCUUCGACGUGCACGCGACGCUCGUCGAGUUGCUGGACUACCCGAGCGUCAAACGACCGCAUACUAAGUACGGUCUCAGCUUACUGCAUGAAAUACCGGAGGCCAGGACGUGCGCUGAUGCGCACAUUGGACCCCACUGGUGUGCAUGCAACGUCCGCGGUGAGGUCUCAGUGUCGAGUACGCUUGCCUUGGCAAUGGCAAACCGUCUCGUUACUUGGAUCAACGGAUUGGUGGCGCUGGCCAUGCGUAAGUGCGCCGAGUACCAGCUGCACCGAAUCAUGGACGUGACGGCGUUGCAGGUGACGCCGUCUGAGCGGGCGCACAACACGAGUCACUAUUGGGUCACCGUCGAGCUGUUGCCAGGAUACGCUGUUUUCGAGGGCACAGUGCGUGUCACCGGUGACGCCAUCACUGCGCUGAACGACAUCAGCCGCAAUGAUAGAUGCACCAUGAUGUCAUAUUGCGUGUGGACUCACUGGCUUGAGAAAUAUUGCUACUGUCUCCGUACUGUCGGCCAGCAGAUGUGAAUCGUGCUCCCUGAACAUGUAGGAGAGCAUCUUAACGUUUAUACUUUGGUAUUCUCUCCGAAUAAACAGCUUUGGUUUCGGAUGGUGAAAACU